GUCGCGCCGCCUGUGUACGCGCGCCGUUGCCGGGCAACGCGGCGGCGGGAGAGUCACGUGAUGACGUGGACUUGAGGGAAGUGGCGAGCGACGGACAGGACUCGCGCGGAAGGAGCCGGAAGUGGCGGCUGCGGAGCGAUGAAAUUUCUGUUGGUUUUUGAUUUUGACCAUACAAUCGUAGAUGAAAAUAGUGAUACCUGGAUUGUGAAAUGUGCUCCCGAGAAAAAACUUCCUAAUGGAUUAAGAAACUCCUACCGACCAGGACAUUGGACAGAAUAUAUGGGCAGAGUCUUUGUCUACUUGGGGGACAAUGGCGUCAAAGAAGAUGAGAUGAAAAGAACUAUGACAACAAUUCCUUUCACUGCAGGAAUGGUAGAUCUUCUGGGUUUUAUUGGCAAGAACAAAGAGUUGUUUGACUGCAUAAUUGUUUCAGAUUCUAAUACAGUAUUUAUUGACUGGAUUUUGAAAGCUGCUGACUUCCAUAAGGUGUUUGAUGAAGUGUUUACAAACCCUGCAGUAUUCAGCAGUACUGGCUGUCUUACUGUACAGAACUUCCAUGCUCAUCAUUGUGCAAAGUGCCCUAAAAACCUUUGCAAAAGGAAAGUUUUAAAGGAAUUUCUAGAUAAACAGUUGGAGCGAGGAGUAAGUUAUACACAAAUUGUAUAUAUAGGUGAUGGUGGGAAUGACUUAUGUCCAGUAAUGUUUCUGAAGAAGGAUGAUAUUGCUAUGCCCAGGCAGGGGUAUACAUUGGAGAAAAAGAUUUCUCAACUGGCCCAAGAUCUCAGUCCUGUAGCGUGUUCUGUUGUGGUUUGGUCAUCUGCUCUUGACAUUAUGUCUUAUCUGAAACUGCUUAUAAAGGAAUAAUUCAAAUGAUAAAAGGAAAGUAAUGUAGUUACAUUUUAUCUUCCUGGGAGAGAAAAACUGCAUGUGGUAAAAGCACAAAAUCGUAAAGUUGUGUUGUUGUCUGAACUUCUGUUUUUUAAACACAACAUAAAACUGUUUGUGUUCAAUUUUGGCAGUAGCGGGAAAGUGAAGUUAAAAUGGCUUUCUAACAUAGUACACAUUGCAAUGUAAGUGGAGAAGAGGGGUUGCAAGAGGAAUUGCCAUUAUUCUUAGUCUUCCUGCUCCCAACACCCCCCCAAGCCUUUACCAGCGACAUAACUGACCUUUUCUGUUCCAUGCACUUAGGGGAAGGAGUAGGAUUAGUGCACAAAAGAAUGAAAUUCUUUACUUGCAAAACAUUAGGUGCCAGGAGCAUGGUUCCAGAACUGUUGGCUUUUAUACUUCUUUGAUCAGGAUAAAUGUUUAAUUUUGUAAAUUAUUUGGUAUGCUUGUAAUCUUGUUUGAUCUGAAGAUGCAUUUAUAUUUUCAAUACAUUAAAUAUUUUACCAAACCAAAUUACUUUUUAAUAGUUUGUAUUAUCUUGUAUUGUAAAGGCAAUAAAAGUUAUUGUCUCUGACAAAA